AUGGUGAGCGCUGAAGCAGCAAGAAACGUCGUAGGCAUUAUCGGGAAUGUCAUCUCCUUCGGGCUUUUUCUCUCCCCUGUUCCUACAUUUUGGAAAAUCAUUAAGAAGAAGGACACGGAGGAGUUCAAGCCGGACCCUUACAUGGCAACAGUACUGAACUGCUUGUUCUGGAUCUUCUACGGCAUGCCGUUUGUUCACCCUGACAGCACUCUUGUGGUCACCAUUAACGCCGUCGGCCUUGCUCUCGAGCUCAUCUACCUCACCAUCUUCGUCGUUUAUGCUUCGGCCAAAGGAAGGAAGAAGGUGGGUUUAUGGCUUGCAGGUGAAGUAAUCUUCUUCGCCGCAGUGGUUCUGAUCACUCUGCUAUGUGUGCACGGCACCAAGAACAGGUCUAUGGUGGUUGGUAUCAUCUGUGAUAUUUUCAACAUCAUUAUGUACUCUUCCCCUCUUACUAUCAUGGCGAAAGUGAUCAAGACCAAGAGUGUCGAGUACAUGCCGUUUUACCUCUCACUGACCAACUUCCUCAAUGGUUUGGUCUGGACCGCUUAUGCUCUCAUCAAAUUUGACAUCUACAUCCUGAUUAGCAACAGUCUCGGUGCAGUUUCUGGUUUGGUUCAACUCGUUCUUUAUGCAUGGUACUACAAGUCCACUCCGAAAGACAGUAAGGACGUCGCCGGAAAGCCUACAACAGAAGUGCAGCUCUCUGAUCAUACAGCUACUGGAGCAGCUAGAGUCUGAUGA